AACAAAAAGUUUGAGAAGAAGAGAAGAAAAUGAGCAAAGAAAAAGACAAGGACGGAGCAGCUUCUCCUACAUCUUACGGCACGUUUCAAGGUGUCCCUACUUAUCCACCACCGCUGCAUCCUCGUCCUCCGUCCCAUCACCCGGUCUCCGGGUUCCCUCAGCCGUCUCAGCCUCCCGGAGCAGCACAUCAUGACCUUUCCGUUCAUCAAUACAUUCAAGAACAUCAAACCGUUCCUGGAUAUGAUGUUGCUGAAGGAAGAACUGGAAGACAAGAACCUCUACCUUGUUGUGGUAUUGGAAUCGGUUGGUUCUUGUUCAUAACUGGUUUCAUCUUUGGUGCAAUCCCAUGGUACAUAGGAAUAUUCAUCCUAGUAUGUGCUAAGAUCAACCCACGAGAGAAACCAGGAUACAUAGCUUGCGCCAUCGCUGCCGUUCUUGCUACAAUUGCUAUAGUGUUUGGUUUCGUGGGAGGAAGAGAAGUCUGGUCGUGAGAGUGUAUCAUCAAUGAUCAAACGAGAAAACUAUACAACUGUUCAUCAAGUUGUAAUUCUUUUGUAAUUAAUACCAUUUAAGUCUGUGCGUUUGCACAAGAAUCAAAAAGCAUAUUGGCUUUCAAAUUGACUGGAUAUGUCAUUACGCUCAGACUGUACUUGCAUCGACUUGUAAGACGAGUUGUGGUUAGGCAGAGGACUGAAUAAAGGUCAAAAUGACUUUUCUUUCA